GAUAAAGACAGUUGACUAGUUUCCCGACUCUCCCGCUGAAGUAACAUUAGUGUAAGCAAGAGAAGCAGCGGAAUAGCAGUUUUGAGGUGAAAUAUUUCCUGUUGGCAGUUGCUCCAAUAUAUCUGUGGAUUAUCUCUGUCCAUAACAAAUAGCCUGGAAUCGCACCCCUGAAAAUAAAUAAAUAAAGCGACCAUGAUAAUCUACAUUCGAGAAAAGAGCGGCAAGACAACGGCCGUCAAAGCAGCCCCAUCAGACACAGUCCGGGAUCUGAAGAUUAAAAUCAUGCAAAAGGGAAUAUCUCUGAAAUUCUGGGAUCUCAUGUACUUCGACGAACAGUUAUACAGCACAAAAAAGCUCUCCGACUAUGGAAUAAAACACAAAGACACCUUGUAUUUGAAAGAAGCACUUCGGGGUCUCGGUUCUUCGGGGUUUCUGCUCUCCAUCGCACAGCCCUCUGGAGACGUAAUGAAGAUGGUGGUUAAUAAGUCCGACUGCGUCAUCGACAUCAAACAGGAGGUGGAGCGCGAGGGGGGGCCGGGCGUCGCCAGCCAGUUACUGAAGGUGGGGGACGUCGAGAUGCAGAACGAAAAGACGUUGAUGGAUUAUGGCAUUGCGGGAGACGCUGUCAUCUGGCUGGAGGAUGCAAACGAAAGCAAAAGGAAAUCAAAGGAAGAGCGAAAAAGAAAAAGAGUUCGUAACGAGAAAUUGAAAAAGAGAUUAAUUGCUGUUGUUUUUGUGAUUAUUUUUAUCAUCAUAUUGAUAUGGGCUUACCUAGAAGGUAAAAUUCAAAUAAACCCCUGAGUUCAGCCUGUAUGCAUAUUAGCUCAGCUCUGCAUGUUAUUAGUACAAGCAAUAAUGUUUCUAGUAAAAGGGGAUUCAGUAUUUCAAAAACUUUUCACACAAAUGUAGUUAUAUCGUAGUCAACCCCUGAAAUAUAUUUAUGUCAUAGUCAUGAAUUUCUGUUAUUUUAUGAUUAUUAUAUUGUGUUAUAUAUUUUUAUUCUCGUUUUCUUUUAAGAAUCCGCAUAUGAAAGCACAUUCUGCCUUACGGGAUUAGUAAGUCGUAUGUUUUUACUUUUUACAAUAUAGUUUUAACAGUAUUCAAUUGUAUAUUAGUAUAUAUAUAUAUAUAUAUAUAUAUAUAUAUAUAUAUAUAUAUAUAUAUAUAUAUAUAUAUAUAUAUAUAUACACACACAAGGAUUUGUUUCAGAUAAAAUCAUAAUUAUCUGAUAGGGGGGGGGGGCAGACACAGAAUACCGCCUCCACCUUGUCUGACCUUAGAUCCCCCUCAUCUUCUAAGCAUGCUUGUUUGAGGAGGUUAUAUAUGUCCCGAAUGGCCAGGUCAAAGGGAAAGAGCAUCUCUCAGCCGUGAGACCCGGGAUUGGAAUAGAGAGAGAACGUUCCUUUUUGUGGUCGCAAGGGUACGAGGUGUAAGGCGGUAAGACAGAAUCAUUAUACCUUUGCAUAAGCUCUUACUGAUGUGAUGUGCCCAUUUUGCGGAUGUUUCUCUCUCUUUUGCAUAUUUUAGGAUCUACCCAGUGGAUUUUUUCUUGUUGGGUAUUUCGUGACCUUAUUUUAGUAUUUUCGAGGUCGUUUUAUUUUUUGCUUUAGUAUUUCUCGGUGAAUUUUACUAUUGGAGGAUCUAAUUAUUUUUUGUUCGUUUUUUUUUGACAUUCUUAUUAUUGUUUUUACUUGUUUUGAUAAAUAAAUUUGUAAAAGAUUUUGUUUUUAGGAGAUCCCAUUAUGUAUCCCCUCGGCUUUUAAGUGUUGACUACUACUGAACGUAAAUUCAAAUAAGACAGACCUGACUGAAUUCUUGCAUUUAAAAGUUAAAUAAUAUGCUAAAGAUA